UCUCAGCAUCUGUGUGUGUGUGAACUCCUUUAGCAUUCACCAUAGCCUCUAAUCACUAAUCUCCAAUCAAACAUCACACAGCGCCAACGAAACGCACCGAAAACGAAGAAAAUGGAGUAACAGUUUUCCAUUUCCGCCUUAAAUUAACGCUGAUGGAUUAAUACGGAAUUGUAGGCAUCAUUUGCGCGAUUGGCAACUGUGGACCAUUGACUAAACUGAUCAAAAUGGCUUCAGAUAAUACGCAACGUAGUUACUCCAUCAUACCCUGCUUCAUCUUUGUAGAGAUGGUCAUCAUGGCGGGCACUGUGCUGCUGGCAUACUACUUUGAAUGCACAGACACGUUUGGGAUCCACAUUCAGGGUUUCUUCUGUCAUGACGCUGACCUGAUGAAGCCCUACCCCGGGGUAGAAGAGAGCAGCUUCAUCCCUCCUCUCAUUCUCUACUGCGUUGUGGCGGCUGCACCCACUACUGUUAUAUUUGUUGGGGAGAUCUCAAUGUACGUCAUGAAGUCCACUAGAGAAGCCCUCAUUGCCCAGGAGAAAACCAUUGUGACAGGGGAGUGUUGCUAUCUGAACCCUCUCAUGCGAAGAAUCAUUAGGUUUAUUGGUGUGUUUGCGUUUGGCCUCUUUGCCACUGACAUAUUUGUCAAUGCUGGCCAGGUAGUGACUGGCAAUCUGGCGCCAUACUUUCUAAGCGUCUGCAAGCCAAAUUACACAGGAAUGGAUUGUCACUCCAAUCAUCAGUUCAUCACCAGUGGAAACAUCUGCACUGGGAACCAGAUGGUGGUAUACAGAGCCAGGAGGUCAUUUCCAUCCAAAGAUGCCUCGCUCAGUGUCUACUCCGCUGUCUACGUCACUAUGUACAUCACGAGCACCAUUAAGACGAAAAGCAGUCGCCUGGCCAAGCCUGUGCUCUGUCUGGGGAUCCUGUGUGCUGCUUUCCUUACUGGCCUGAACAGGGUGUCAGAAUAUCGCAACCACUGCUCAGAUGUUGUUGCUGGCUUCAUAUUAGGAAGCUCUGUAGCUCUUUUUCUGGGAAUCUGCGUAGUGAACAAUUUCAAAGGGAACCAUUCUACUCCUGCCAAGCAGAAGCAGGAGGAUUAUCGUGGACUGCCAUUGAUCACAUUCCCACGUGUGGAAAGCCCCCUCGAGACCCUCAGUGCACAGAACCAUUCAGCAUCCAUGACUGAGGUCACAUGACUAAGGGGGCAGCACCACGUCACUUUUGCUUCACCUCAACUCUUCUAGGCAAAAAAAGGUUUUUGUAAUGUGACAAACUGUAAAAAAAAGAAAAAAGACAGUAUUAUGUUAUAACUAGUUGUACCUAGAAACAGCUGUUUUGUACAUUUUGUAUAAGAGAGUGCUGUAGCUUUCCCUCAUACACUGCUCAGUUCACGUCCAAAUGUAUACCUACUCUGUCACGUUUUACAUCACAAAGUAAAUAUAUACAGUCUAUAUAUAAUGUAAUUGAGAUAUUGAUGUUGUUAUGUGGUAUUUGUACAAAGAAUGAUUUUAUUUACAUUUUUUUCUGUACAUUUUCGAACAAAGAUCAUUUUGUAUUUUUUUGUUAUCUGUAUAAAGAAUUGCCUGCUGAUUUUACAGGAAUGUUUUUGGUAUAUAUACAUUUUGUUGUAAGGUUAAAAAAGUCAAAUUGUUACACGUCGUUGUAUCUGAUUCUUCUUCGGCAUCUUUGAAUGGACAUGUACUCGGCAUGAAAUACACAAAACUGUUUGAAUAACCUGUUAUUCUGACGUUUCUUUAAAGUUUGCAUUUUCGGAAUUUCGAAAUGCUAAAUAUAUUUUCUGGAGUAGUCCGUCAAAUAAAUAGUCUUGUAGCUGA